AUGGAAGACUACAACGACAACCAGCUUUCAGCUGCAGACACUACUACCGAUGAGCAAGACAAGAUACAGCGUGAAAAAGAGGCCGCAGAACAAGCUGCUCUACCAUACAAAUGGAGGCAAACAUUAAGUGAAGUGGAUGUCAUGAUACCUGUUCCAAAAGGCACCAAAAGUCGGGAUCUGGACGUUGUCAUCAAAAAGAAGCUGCUCAAAGUGGGAUUCAAAGGCAAAGAACCCAUCGUAGAGGGAGAACUGUGUCAAAAUGUGAAAGUGGACGAUUCAACUUGGACUUUGGAUAAUCAACAGGAAGUCAACAUUCAUUUGGAAAAAGUCAAUGGAAUGGAAUGGUGGAAGAAUGUGGUGACGCACCAUCCAGCUAUAGACACCACCAAAAUCCAACCAGAGAACUCGAAAUUGAGUGACUUGGAUGGUGAAACUCGAUCCGUUGUGGAGAAAAUGAUGUUUGAUCAGAAGCAAAAGAGUAUGGGAUUGCCAAGCAGCGAUGAACAAAAGAAGCAAGAAUUGCUAAACAAGUUCAAAGCAUCACAUCCAGAAAUGGAUUUCAGUAAUGUCAAGAUGGGUUGA